CGUGCAUCGGUCGAAGCAAGUCCUACCUCGCUCUGGAGGUCCGAAGCUCCGUGUUGGAAAAGUGAAGACCCGUGCGCCCGGUUGUGUAGCUGUGCGCGAGGCACGUCGUCGUGUUGUCUUCUGGCCGCAGUAAACAGUUUUGCCAACGAUUGCUGUCUUCAAUCAACUUCAACUCAACGCACUGCGUUUGACAAAACCACAUCUCUUGCCGAGUAACUUGAGAACAAGCGGGGAAAAAACAUCCCCCGGUGUGUCUUGCGUGUGUUCGUUGUUGAUUGCGAGCGGUGGUUUCUUGCGAAAAGUGUGCAUGUGUCCCAGUGGCAACAUUUGCCCGUUUGAUUGGUUGAAUAGAAAGUGAUGUGUUUGAAAAUCCCGGAUCCCGGUGGCCACGUGCGGCAGUGUUAAAGGUGAAAGCGCUUCUCCGUUCUGUGUGUUUGCUGCUGUUUGUGGCAGCUUGACCAAUUUCCCUGCGAUUCUCUGUCGCAACGAGCAGAAGUGAUAACAUUUUACUGGCACUGAAUCUUGCGGUGGGUGACUUGUGCAGUAAAAAUAAAAAAAUACUGCGCCCAUCAGCAGCAAGCUCGUAGCGUCCUGGCCGUAGUGGGAUAGUGUUCUACUGUGACCGUGGUGCGGCAUUGAGAAAAAACAGACCGACGCGACGUGUUUGUUGCUGCCCUCCGCGUGAGGGAGUGAAGUGUUGAGUGUUUCCAGUCUCCAGUCUGCGCCUAGUGAUGGCCGGCUCAACCAUCUCGGCCACCAGCCUGACCGUCCGGGCGGGCGUACUGCUAGCGCUCGUCGGCUGCCUGCUGGCCGCACCCGAUGCUGAGUCCGAUCUGAGCGUCCCGGCGGCCCGUCGCUUCCACGCCAAGUUCGUGGUCGACCGGAUCGAGCCGCGGCGUCCACCAUCAACCGACGACCGAUCAACGCCGGCGGUAGUGGUGCCGGCCGCCGGGACGACGCCGGUGCCGACACCGGCCCGGACCCGGUCGACGACGCGCUGCCGGGAGGGCUGUCUGCAAAAGCGCUCUAUAAAGGACAUCCUCUGCACGCAGCAGCGCGAGUGCUCAAUGUGCUGGGACGUGUGCAACCGCAACCACCAGAUCCGGAAGGAGAACGACCUAGCCCACCGGCUGCUGCUGAGCCUGGUGCGCCUGAUACGCAACGAGUCGGUCGUGACGGCCGACAUCGAGUGGACGACGCCGGAGGAGCUGGUGCAGCAUCAGCCGCACCCGGUCGUACCGUCGCCGCUCGCCGCCUCCGAGAACGUGGAGCGGCUGUCGCGGAUCGCCCGGGACGGCGGUGUCGUGCCCGGCGUCCGGGACGGCGUGUCGCGCAUUAUGCAGACGCUGGCGACCCGGCCACUGCCCGCCACGCCAAGCGACGAGCCGCAGCUGCAGCAGUACCACCAGUGUCUGGUGUCGUGGGAAAUUUCGGGCGGCGGGCUGACCGGCAACCUGCUGACGGAAACGUCCAAGGUGGAGCUGUCACUGUGGCCCAACACCAAGUACCACGUGCACGUAACCUGCCGCAAUAAGGAAACGGAUGCACUCAUCCGCUCGGCCUCGCUGCUCGUCGACACGAGCGAGGCGGUGAUCGUGAGUCUCCAGGGUACGACCUCGACCACCACCGAGACGGCACCGCUGGGCGGCGGCUCGAUCAACUCCGCCAUCCACACCAUCACCUCCAAUCGGGUCGACACCGACCAGGACGACCGACCGCCCUCGGUGGACGACGACGAUCUGAGGAUGUUUGUAGAGCAGCAGCAGCAGCAGCAGCAACAUCUUCGACACCACAGCUUCUGGCCGUUCGAUCGUAGCGCGGGCGAGCUGGCUGGUGUCGGGAGCGGCCCAACCGGCAGCUCCAAGGAGAUACUCAUCCUCGGCGUAUUCGUGGCCCUGCUGGCCCUCGUGCUGGUUGCGCUCACCGUGCUUAUACUGGUGCGCCGGAAGCCGGGCCCGCACGAGGACCGCGAGCUGCUGAUCGAGAGCGAAAUCCUGCCCAAGAUUCUGCACGUUUGAUAGAGGGAUGCGGAACCGAGAUGCCGGCGUCGCUCGCUGCUGUAAAUAGUCUAUUUAUGAUCGCAACGCACCGUUGAAGAGAUUUGCGUAAGUUUGCCUCUUAGUUCUUCUGCUCCCGCUGACUUUGUUUUAGAGCUCUGUUUUUUGUUAUCCUUUUAACACUCUUUCCGAACUAUCUUUCCUGUUGCCAUCGCCGAAUUUUGUGUGGUUCUUUCUGGGAACAUACCGAUUUCCUGCAAUCCCUCUUUGUAUGUAGUUUCUUCGCUAAGAAAAUUUCGUGCGCAACUAAGUUAUACUAACACGAGCAUGCAGAAGGGUGCAGAAGAUAAGAGACAACGGCGUGCGAUGCAAGCACGUAAGCAAAAAAAACAUAAAAUACUAGUCUUAGAAUGUGUAAAGCUGGCACAUUGCCCAGGUUCUUCUCGCUCUAUGGGGGUUUUGUCAAUGGGUCUGCCAAGGUGCCGUGGCCGUCUCUCUGUUGUGUAAUCUGUUUCAGCUGUACUGAGUCCUUGUGUUCGAACCACCUCUGUGAAUGUGGCAUUUUGGUCGAUAUUUAAAACAUGUUGAAAUUGCUGGAAAUUUAAACUACAACUAACAACGGGGACAGGACAUUAGCGAUGAAAUGUAUCAAACUAUCGGUGGGAGAAAUAGAGAGAGAGAGCGAGAAAAACAAAAAAGAGAGAACGAGAACUAGGUAAUGAGAAGAAGAUAUUAGAUAUAAACAAAAACACACACAAAACAAACAACCUUACCAAUGUUCUCCUUUUACGUUUACGUUUCCCCGAUCAAAAUGGAGACGUCCAGCAAGAAAUGAUAAACCAAAUUACGCAGGUGUCACACAUGAACCUGGGCAGCAUUUUUGGGUGGCAGUGUGAUGCGCCAUCUAGCUCUCUGCGAGUGAUCUGGCCCUCCGCAAGUGGGGCGAAGGUGAGCACGCAUCCUGCAACAGUAGAUAACCAAAUCAAAAACAAAACGAUGUAACUGAAAUGCGAGCUGACCGAUCAGAGUAAGUCGCGAAGGCAUGGAAUGGAAGGCAAACAGGGUUACUGGUGAGGUAGUUUGAAGUGAUAUUGGUGUUCGGGUGGGUACAGCGAGACAGUGGCGUUUAACACGGCUCUUUUUUUUCUGUGCGUGUGUGAGAGCGUGUUAAUGGCGCAAAACAAAGGGUAACAAAUCGGAAGGAAAUGGAUAAAGGAAACCCGUUUUCGGAAGGUCCAAAACCAGUGUAACUAACUGCUAAACACAUUAGAGUAGAACAAGAAAUUAAAACAAUGAGAAUCUCUAUGGAAAUAUAUGGAGUGAAGGAGAGAGCGAGAGCGUGAGAAGAUAUGAGGGAAGAAGAGAAAGAGAAUGAGCGAGAAAGAAGCAAGAGAGGUGUAAUAUAUAUAUAGUAAAACAAAAAAAACAAUGCAAACAAGUGUACAUUUGUGUAAAAAGACUGACUCAAGAUCAUUGUAAAAUAAAGCUCUUUUAAAAUAUAUUAUAACAAAGCGAA